UAGAUACUCUCUAUCUAGUACACACACUACAUUAACAUACACAUGCAUUUCAGUGAACCAUUCCUUUCUUUCACUCACAUUUCUUAAUCUCGGACCUUUCAAGUUUCAACAUAGUUUAACACUUAAUUUCAGCAGGCUCUAUCAUUCUUCUCCCCUUCAAGAACUCAUUUAUCCCUCUCUUUGUCUUCUUAUAUUUGAACAACCCAAUUUCUCAGAUCCUUGCUUGUACAAUUUGUGGAUGCAUUGAAAACACAGAUUUUGUUCAAUGACCAUCUCUCCUCCCUCUACUCUCCUUGAAGAAAUGAGCUUAAUGGAUGAUGACAAAAAGUACAUUACAAUAGAGGAGUUGGAGAAGCAUAACAAGCCUGAUGACCUCUGGAUUUCUAUCCAGGGCAAGGUUUACAAUGUCACACAAUGGGCUAAGGUACACCCUGGUGGAGAAGUCGCCCUUUUGAAUAUGGGUGGCCAGGAUGUCACUGAUGCAUUCAUUGCUUUUCAUCCGAGUACUAUUUGGCGACGUCUUGAAACGUUCUUUAAUGGUUAUCAUAUCAAAGAUUACAAGGUUUCUGACGUGUCAAAGGAUUACAGAAAACUUUCGGCUGAGCUGGUGAAAGCUGGGAUGUUUGAGAAUAAAGGCCAUCUUGUUAUCUAUAAUCUGUGUUUUGUUAGUUUGAUGCUUUAUGGAUGUGUGUAUGGCGUACUGAAAUCAGAUAGCUUUGGUGUUCAUAUGUUAUCAGCUGCAUUGUUGGGAUUUUCGUGGAUUCAAGUGGCAUAUUUAGGUCAUGAUUCAGGACAUUAUCAAGCAAUGGCGACUCGCGGAUGGAACAAAAUGGCUGGGAUUCUGAUUGGAAACUGUGUUACGGGUAUUAGCAUUGCUUGGUGGAAGUGGACUCAUAAUGCACACCACAUUGCUUGCAAUAGCCUUGACUAUGACCCUGACCUCCAACACUUGCCAAUGCUGGCAGUCUCAGACACUUUCUUUUGGUCAAUAACAUCAAAGUUUUAUGAGAGGAAAUUGACAUUUGAUCGAGUGGCUAAAUUUUUUAUAAGCUAUCAGCAUCUGACCUACUAUCCAGUGAUGUGUGUUGCAAGGGUCAAUCUAUAUUUGCAGACAUUGUUACUGUUGUGCUCAAAGAGAAAGAUAGCAGAUAGAGGACUUAACAUACUCGGGACAAUUAUUUUCUGGACUUGGUUCCCUCUACUUGUUUCGUGCUUGCCUAAUUGGACAGAAAGAGUCAUGUUUGUGCUGGUAAGCUUCUGCGUGUGUGCAAUCCAACAUGUACAAUUUACCUUGAACCAUUUUGCCGGAGAUACUUAUCUAGGUCCUCCCAAGGGUACUAACUGGUUUGAAAAACAAUCGGGAGGCACAAUCAACAUUUCAUGCUAUCCAUGGAUGGAUUGGUUCUACGGAGGACUACAGUUUCAGCUCGAGCAUCAUUUGUUUCCUCGUCUACCUCGGAGACAAUUAAGGAACGUUUCUCCUCUAGUGAAAGAGCUUUGCAAGAAGCACAACAUGCCUUAUAGGAGCUUGUCGUUCUAUGAGGCUAAUGUGACAACUCUAAAGACACUGAAGUCUGCUGCUCUGCAGGCCAGGGGAUUGUUGUGGGAAGCUGUCAAUACUCAUGGAUGAGGAUUUCAAAAGCCUCCGUACCAAAUCAAAAUAGUUAUAAUAUUUGGCUGAGUUAGAAAUCAAGAAGAGGACUUUCUUUAUCAGCUUUAUGAUUGUAAUGCGAUAUGAUUCCUUGAUUACUAUGCACUGCCCUCAUCCCUGUGAUGCUCAUUAGUAUAUCUUUUUUUUGGGGUAUUCUAAACUCCCAUGCAAGAGACUGAGAACUUCAUAUAAUAUUUUUAGUUCUAAUAUAUUUUUUUUAAGAGCU